AUGUCUGGGGUUGCUGAAGUUUCAUAUGCUCGUGGAGAGUUCUCUCGCAUGCUUGAAAGUCAAAUCUCGUUAUCUCAAAGUGCCAUGCGCUUAAAAAAUGAGUCGGGUGCAAUGUCGAAUGACGUGUUCCACAACUCACCGGGUCAUGUUUCAGUUGAUUUACCGGGGGGUUCUAUAAUAGUAGAGGUUAAUGAUGAGGAUGUAGAUGCCGAUGGUGAUACUGAAGAUGCUGAAGAGGAUGAACGUCUUGAUACAUUUUUUGACGCCUACAGUAUGCAGUAUGCAAUUGGAGAGAAUAAUGAUGACGUAAGUUGGAUGGAUGAAUAUUGCGUAAAUAACGACUAUGUAGAGUUUGAAGAGCCGUUGCCAGAAGAGUUUCAAAAUGAUGAGUGGAUAAAUGCCUCACAAGCUGAGUUCGUCAAUCCUGGCCCUAAUUUCGAUCAACCCGAGGACUUUACUUUCAAAAAAGGAGAACUUUUCAAGAACAAGGAAACGUUAAUUUUCGCUAUACGUGAAUGGGCAAUUAAAAACCGGGUCAAAUUCAAGACGGUGAAAAGCAACACAACUAGCUAUCAUGUAAAGUGUUACUUUAAUGAGAAAGGUCAAGGAGAGAAUACAAGUGUUGCAGAUGAUAGAAAUUCAAAGUGUCCAUGGAAGCUUAAUGCAGCUGUUAGGAAAAAAAAAUCUAAUGACCAAUUUAUAAUCUCUAGUUAUUGCGGACUCCAUACAUGUUCUAAUCCGACUGCAACUUAUGAUCAUAAGACUUUGACUUCCUCUUAUAUCACAGAGCUAAUUAUGCCCGAAGUUAGGCAGGAACUUGAUCUUACUCCAGGACAGAUAAUUACAAGGGUAUAUGAUAUGAAAAGAAUAACAAUAUCCAAGUUUAAAGCAUAUGAUGCACGGAGGAAGGCGUUAACUAAAAUCUUUAAAGAUUGGGAGGAAUCUUACCAAUUACUUCUGCAUUACCUUUCAACAAUUAUGAGGAAAAAUCCCGGUACCGAAUAUGACAUAGUGUCUAAGGAGGUCGCGCCAGAAAUGGAGAGGUUCAUAUGGGUUUUUUGGGCAUUUGGGCCCGCUAUCAGAGGGUUCUCUUUUUGUCGUCCGCUCUUAAGUAUCGAUGGAACACAUUUAUAUGGUAAGUACAAAGGAGUGCUCUUGGUUACGACCGGUGUAGAUGCAAACGGUGGACUAUUUCCUAUAGCUUUUGCAGUUGUGGAGGUGGAGGACACAUCGAGUUGGAAGUGGUUUUUUUAA